AAGCUGGUUUACCUCCCCGACUGCCCAACGCCUCUACUGGGACGGGAUCUGCUUUGUCACUUAGGUGCCACCCUGCACUUCACCCAAGAUGAAAUCACCCUCACCUUGCCCCCAGAGAAUGCCUGGAUAAUGACUCUUGCAGUUGAGCCCUCAGCCAUGCAAGCCCCAGAGUGGAGCCAGUGGGAGGACCAGGUUUUUCCUCUAGUAUGGGCAUCGGGGGUCCCAGGAAAGGCAGUACAUCACACCCCCAUUAAGGUUCAGCUCCUGCCAGGAAAAGGUCCGGUGCGGAUCAAGCAGUAUCCGAUCAAGAGGGAGGCUAGAGAAGGGCUGCAGGAAACUAUAAAUCAGUUUCUGAAGUACGGGGUACUGCGAGAAUGUCAGUCAGCCUGGAACACCCCCAUCCUGCCUGUUCGAAAGCCCAAUGGCACCUAUCGGCUGGUCCAGGACCUGAGGGCAGUUAAUGAACGGGUUAAGACUCUGCACCCCCUUGUUCCAAACCCCUAUACACUGUUGGCAUCUAUAGGAGGGCAGUACACCCACUUUUCAGUCCUAGACCUGAAAGAUGCUUUCUUCACAAUUCCGGUCGACACACAAUCUCAGGAGAUUUUCUCCUUCGAGUGGGAAGACGACCGAAGGGUUAAAAAGCAGCUUUGCUGAACUGUGUUAGCACAGGAAUUUAAGAACUCCCCCACGCUGUUCGGCCAGGCUCUGGCCAAAGACCUGGAGGAGUGGAAUACUCCGGACGGGAUUCUCCUCCUGCAGUAUGUUGACAACCUGUUAAUUGGGGCUGUGGAAUUAACCCCUUGCCUCCACGCCACUGUGAGCCUCCUGAACUUUGUUGGACUCAGAGGAUACCGGGUAGCUCAGAGCAAGGCUCAAAUUGCCCUCUCAGAAGUACAGUACUUAGGAUUUCACAUAAGACAGGGGGAGAGACAGCUUUCAAAUGAAAGGAAGGAAGCAAUCUGUCAGAUUCCUGUCCCAAGCAAUCGUAAACAGCUCAGGGCUUUUCUGGGCAUGGCAGGCUUUUGCAGAAUAUGGAUCCCAGAGUUUGGACUGUGGGCUAAGCCCUUGUAUGAAUGUGUUAAGGGAAUGGAUCACGACCCCUUUCACUGGUCCUCAGAAGCUGACAAGGCAUUUAAAGUAUUAAAGAGAAAGCUAAUGGAAGCCCCGGCACUCGGCCUGCCUGACCUUUCUAAGCCGUUUCAACUGUAUGUGCAUGAAAGAAAAGGAGUAGCCCUGGGAGUGCUUACUCAAUUAUUAGGCACUUGGAAACGUCCUGUGACAUAUUUCUCUAAACAACUGGAUCAAGUUGCCAAGGGGUGGCCAGCUUGCUUGCGAGCUGUCACGGCAACUGCCCUAGUGCUUGGUGAAGCAGAGAAACUGACUUUGGGGGGGACUGUGCAGGUGUAUACCCCUCAUAUGGUUCAAGCCCUGCUGGACACUAAGGGUGGUCUCUGGCUCACGCAGGCUCGGGUAGCUCGGUACCAGGCUAAACUCCUAGAAAAUCCUGAAGUUACCCUGCAGACCUGCCCCUCCCUCAACCCAGCCACUAUGUUACCAGAAACAGAGGAGCAGGAACAUGACUGUUUAGAAAUCAUAGAUGCCCAGUACUCCAGCCGUCCAGAUUUAAAAGAUCAACCGCUCUCAAAUGCAGACUGUGAGUGGUAUACUGAUGGAAGCAGUGCUGUCAUAGAUGGGCAAAGGAGGGCGGGCUAUGCUGUUGUGACCCUCUACGAUACAGUGGAAGCAGAGAGUUUACCUGCUGAAACAUCUGCCCAGCUUGCUGAACUAGUAGCAUUAACCCGUGCACUUGAACUGGCAAAAGACAAACGGGUUAAUAUUUUUACUGACUCAAAAUAUGCUUUUGGGGUAUUGCAUGCUCACGCUGGUCUGUGGAAACAAAGGGGAAUGCUUACAGCUCAGGGGUCCCCGGUCAAGCAUGGGACACAGAUUCUCCGGCUUCUGGAAGCGGUGCAGCUCCUCAGAGGUAGCAGUGGUGCACUGCAAAGCUCAUCAACGAGAAGACCAGGACGUAGCCAAGGGCCACGCCAGGGCCGACAGGGAAGCCAAGCGGGCUGCCACCCUGGAACCAUUGGAAGCUGA